AUGAACCUUGAGAUCUUCGGAAUGGCAGUCGCCCGCGAGGAGGACGCGCUCACGAACGAGCAGCUGCUGGCGCAGAAGUUGCUUGAGCUUGAGCUUUCGCGGGAGAAUGAGAAAAUCCUGGAAGCCGCGUCGGCAAAAUUGGAGGAUGGGACAACAGCAUGGGAUGGGGUCUGCUGCGAGGGUGAGGAGAGCCUCCCAUCCGAGGCCCACACCAGUGAGGGAGACACCAUGUCCCGCACAGUGUCCAUGGCUGACACCGUGAGCGAGGAGGCGGAGGUCUUCGCUAUUGACAUGGAGGAUCCUCGCGGCUCAGUCUGCCCGGCACUUCCGCCGAUGCAGACUGCGUGGAUCAAUGAAUGGGAGGUAAUGCAGCUGCAGUGA